AUGAUAAAUUUGAGGAAGUUUUUCCAUGUGCCCCAGCUUACGUUAUCUCAAGUACGAUGGAAAACGGCCAAAUUCAAACCUAAGAUUGCCAAAACGAAGCCAAUGAAAACGCCAUCAGCUGUAGCUUUAGACAACUUUGAUUUCUAUUAUGGGCCUAUGUUUGGUAAAAGAUGGCCAAGUAUACGAUUAGGUUUACUGAACCCGAACAAAUAUAUAGCUGUGAUGAAUACGCUGUCGACUAGUUGGAAAGCACAUCAAGAAAUACUCAGCGAUUCCGGUUGUUUCGAUCUACUGCAACGAGUACGUGGCAAAACGGCAGAAGAGAGGAUAGAAGAGAAGAAGAAGUCUGUAGAAGUUCAAGCUGUGAAAGAAACAGAAUAUGCCCUAGAACUUAAUAAUACGGUUACUAACAUGGAAACUUCUACACCACGCUCUCCCAUGGAGAAUUAUAUGAGAUCAGCUGCAGGUCUGAAUGAAUUUCAGCCUUCGCGAGAAACUAUCACUCCCGGUUCUCUCCAGAUGAAAAAAUCUCAGAAAAAGAAUUUAGACUUCGAAAUCACUGGCCUGGAAGGUGAUGGCGCUGUUCUUCCGAUUAGAAAACAUUUCAUAUAUUAUCCACGGAGUCUUUUUAUCCAAUCAUACGAUCGAGGAGUAACAUCUGAUUUUCCUCCACCCAUUAAAGGAGAAAAUGGCGUCCCAAGCUGGUGGCUCUUAGAUGGUGGAUCAUUAGUACCCGUGUUAGCAUUAGGCUUAGAGAAGGGAGAUAAUGUUUUGGACUUGUGUGCAGCUCCAGGAGGAAAAAGUUUGUUAGCUCUGCUUACUGGCUUACCAGAUAAGAUUGUUUGUAAUGAUUUCAAACUGGCAAGACUGGGACAGCUCAAGCGAGCGCUAUCCACUUACAUUCCUUCUGACUCUCCAGAGUCAGAGAAAGUUAUUUUGAAACGUAAAGAUGGUAGUGACUUGUCCACAUGGGAUGAAAUUGGCGUUUAUGACAAGGUUAUUGCGGAUGUACCCUGUUCGACAGAUCGUUUGGCAGUCAACCAGGAUGAAGGCAACUUGUUCUCUACUCAUAACACAAACCAAAGACUCUCAUUGCCACAGCUGCAAACUAAAAUUUUAAUAAACGCUUUACGAGCUGUGAAAGUUGGAGGAAGCGUUGUGUACUCCACAUGUACCCUCUCAGCGUCGCAGAAUGAGGCCGUUGUUGAGAAUGCUGUUGCAAUCGCUCAGCAGAAAUUCGGAAUGAAGAUAGUUGAAGAAUCUUUACUGCAAUUAACAACGCAUCUAACAUCGACUGGACUUUUUCGGUUUUCUGAGCAGUGCAAGAUUGGGGCUUUGGUUCUACCUUUUCUGCCAUCCAACUUUGGUCCGAUGUAUGUUUGCAAAUUGACGAAAUUAGAAUGA